CUCUCAAACAAGCCAGUCGCUCUGUCAAUGUGCUGCGAGCAUUAGGUCAAGUCAAAGCAGUGGGAUUCUGAGGCAGAGAGACGGAUGAGAGAAACGAGUGAAGCGCUUUUCCUCUGGCGGAGACGCGACACGUCCACUUCUCUCCAAAUGACGCGCUCCACCUCACACUGAUGCUCGCACCUCGCGUCGUAUAUUUGCAGCAUCUUUUUGUUUCUUCUUUACCAAGUUUCACGUUGUGCGACCGACAUUGUUAUUGUUGGUAAAGUGGAGAUGCUUCUCGGGCUCUUUGGGUUUGUUUCUCUCAGUUAAUUAAUUCUUGGAUUUAUCCUCGAUUUGGACCUUUUUGUUUGAUUUUUUUUUUUAUCUUAAAAAAAGGAAAGAAAGAAAGAAAGAAAUAUCAAUCUGUUGCUGGAGGAUUUGCGGAUUUACCAGCGUGUUAGUGACUGAGCAUCAACAUGUCUGCACGGGGAUGGAGCCGUGGACGCGAGUGACAUCGUUUCCAUUUUAAAACGCUUUUCCUUCACAGCUUCGUCUUCUUCUUUUUCUCUCCUCCUCUUCGCGCGUUUCCAUUCCACAGAGCGUGGACAGUGAGUGUGCUGCGUCCCGCCUGCUUCACGUGUUUGGACGCGGAUCUUGACAAGAAAACAAGGUAAUGGGAGAGAAAUCGCACAGACUCGGCUCAGAGAACAAGGGAACAUUGUUCGGGAAAAGACAAUCCGGGCGCACAGAGAGGCGACAGAAAUAAAAGCGCUCCUGUGUGGCGAUCCAUUUCACGACUUUCACGCCAAUCCGUGGAGUUAAAUAUUUGUGAGUGGAAGAAAAACGAGGACUGAUGAGAAAUCAAUUUGGAAAGUCAUGGGGUUUGCACUGAAAUAGUAGCGACGACCGUGGACGCGCAGAAAAGCCGCGGAUUAACAAGUUUCAUCCUGCACAUUUGACUCAAUGUGGGCUUUUUUGCUGUGAGUCUGUACAAUCUGCACGAUUUUGGAUCCAUGAGGUUGUUCAGCAGCAGCAGCAGCAGCGCAGCAGCAGCAGCAGCAGCAGCUUUUCUCCCCACACUGUGACUGUGCUCGCACCUUCAUUGUUUUCAGAGUCUGCGCUCAGCAGCAGCAGCAGCAGUGGUUCCAAAGCAGGAGAAAUAUCUGGCCUUUUUUUUUAUUUAAUUGUUGUUAUUGUUUAAAUGGGGCUACACAUGCUGCAGGGUGUCACGGUGGAAAUGGCGAGGCGAGGAAGUGGCAAUGGAUUGGGAAUCCUGCUCGUGUUCUUACUGGAUUUACUGGGAACGGCGGCCAGCAACAUGGAGCCUAUCUACUGGAAUUCCAUGAACGAAAGGUUCAGGGACGACAAGGGCUACAUUCUGUACCCUCAGAUCGGGGACCGGCUGGACCUCAUCUGCCCUCCCCUGGACACAGCCAGGUCCACGCCAGAGUACGAGUUCUACAAGCUCUACCUGGUGUCGUCGCGGGAGCAGGCGGACCGCUGCGAGGUGAUGGGCGCCCCCAACAUCGUGCUCACGUGCGACGAGCCCACCCGCGAGCGCCGCUUCACCAUCAAGUUCCAGGAGUUCUCGCCCAACCUGUGGGGCCACGAAUUCAAGAGCAUGCACGACUACUACAUCAUCGCAACGUCAGAUGGGACGCACCAAGGCCUGGAUAGCAUGAGAGGCGGAGUGUGUGUCACACAAGGCAUGAAGGUGGUCCUGAAAGUGGGACAGAGUCCAUAUGGGCUGCCUCCGAAGAAAGAGCCAGCAGGACGCACCACCAGCAGAAACCCAGGCGCCACCGGAAACUCCACUCAGUCUCAAAGACCCAACAGCUUUGGGGGCGAGGGCGGUGGCGAGAAUGGGCCCCUUCAAGCGUCAAACAUCGCCGUCAUCGCUGGUGCCGCGGGAGGCUCCACCUUUCUACUCCUGGUCACCGCCGUGAUCUGCGUCGUGUGCUACCGACGGCGGCACGCCAAGCACUCGGACACCCACCACCCUCCGCUGUCGCUGUCCUCGCUCACCAGCCCCAAGCGGGGAGGCGGCGGGGGCAUCAGCAGCUCCAACAACAACGGCUCCGAGCCCAGCGACAUCAUCAUCCCCCUGCGGACGUCGGACUCUGCCUACUGCCCACACUACGAGAAGGUGAGCGGGGACUACGGACACCCCGUCUACAUCGUCCAGGAGAUGCCGCCUCAGAGCCCGGCCAACAUCUACUAUAAAGUAUGAGACAGCCACUGCUCCGGCUGAUUGGACUCACCCACCUCCCUCCACUCAUUACCAACAAACCCCCUUGCUCCAAAUGAACCCACAGCAAAGUUCUCCAUCUUAGCUUCGACCCUGAACCCCUCAAUACUGCCAGUAUUGUACCACGGACCCCAUUCACUGCCCCGAGAGCCCACACCCCUGGCCACAGUUGUGUUCCUGGCUGAAUAAACCACCCCUCCCCAUUCUCACACAACUUGGCCACACAGUGUGUGUCGAGGGCGAUGUCAUAAUCAUACAUAGCCCUUCUUAACAAGGCCCUCACCAAUGGGCAAGAGGCUCUAAGUGUCCCCUUCUCGUUAACUCGGAGCUAAACGCCCCACCUUUUGAUGAAUAGAAGAGUUGUCCCCCUCCCCCCGAAAUGCCAGUAUGUAUGUACCGCACACACUCUUUUUCUAGGAGUAUGGACCCGGCGUUGGGACACGCGGUGUUUUAAAAAAAGAAAAAAGGAGAAGAACUUCAACGGCAAGCGUGAAAAAAAAACAAAAAACACCCAUGAACCCAUUUAGCGCCCGGAGAAUUCUGACUCCCAGAGGCCAAACUUGCCUAUUCCACCAUCCUGCCCCUCGGAGCUCCAUCAGCCGACCAGAGACCGGCCCCUGCCACUAACUCAUCAAUAGGUUUCUCGUUUGUUAGUGUGUGUUACUCCUGAGUAAACAGGGGCCUCAGGACUCAACCAAUCAACAAGCCUGGGCAGCGGUCACAUGACCAGGCCCGGGCCUUAGCCUGAGGUGGUCUGACCAAUUGGUGACACUCAGAAUCUUGUAUAUUUUAAUAAUGUGUGUGUUUGUUUUGUUUGUUUGUGUGUCUGUGUGCGGCUGAGUGAGUGUGUGUAGGACUUGGAUAAUAAUUAUGGCGUCGCUGCUCCACAUUAGAUGUGUGCGCAGGUGCCGUGCUUCAGUACAGCAGGUUGCAUACGCGCGUGUGUUUAGUUGGUGUGUGUGUGUGUGUGUGCGUGUGCGUGCACGCGUGUGUGUGUAAG